AUGAGUAAGAACGUCAAGAUCUUUAACAUGCAAACAAGCUCCAUUCGCGCCUCACUAGAAGACUUUGAUUUCACCUUUGUUCAAGGCACGGUUCGUCAUACAGAGGGCAAUUGGUCUCUUCAUACGACUCAAUUCUCAGCACUACCAUUGUACACUUACUACAAUCCCCUGGAUCCCACAUCCAUACGCCAGACUCAUUCCGAACUACGGGACAUCAUCGCCAAUGAAGGUCCGUUUGAUGGCGUUCUUGGUUACUCUGGUGGAGCAGCGCUUGCAGCAGAGUUAUUAAUCGAACAAGAUCCUUUUGCUCUAUAUCCAACCUUCAGGUUCGCGGUAUUCGUCAACGGCGCAUCGCCUCUGCGGGUGUUCAACUUGGCGGACGUGGAGAUGGCAGAGCAGGGGUUCGACCCUACUGCGGCCUUGGAUGACGCCAGGAGUAUGUUCCUUCGUCCAAGCGCCUUGAGGCACAAAGCUGGCGUGGAUGAAGAGGACCAAGCUGAUCAUGCGAAACUGCUGGGUUUGCUUGAGAAGUUAGAAGGGAAGAUGCUAAGGGACGGUACGGCAUUUCUUAGUAAUGGCAUUCAUGGACUCACGCGGUGGCAGAGAGGGGCGGAUGGCGUCCCUUUGAUUGACAUUCCAACUGUGCAUGUACGGAGCACGGCAGAUGAUGACAACGACCCACAUCAUGGGUUGCACCUGCUUCAGUUGUGUGAUGAGAAUAAGACGUGUGAGAUCCAUCACGAGUUUGGGCAUGACUUUCCAAGAGGAAGACGUUUGAUGACACAAAUUGCAGAGGCAAUCAGGGAUACGGCUGAAGCGGCAACAGGUCUUUAG